AAAACAGCGACAACAAGUCCGCAGCUAGCGCACAGGACCAACAACAAGGCCAACGCGCGCCCACGACACCCCCAGCAGCUAUAGUGGCAGACGGCAACACGGCGUCCAACGGAGCCCGCUCGCCUCUCACCGCGCAACAGCAAGCGCACCAUCUUACCCUCACAACUUCCUCGGGAUCUCUACAUCAGAAAAGUAACAUCGACGCCAUGCCGGCCCGCGGAGGCGAUGGGUACGACUUUCGCCCAAUCGUUACCCACUACCUUUUCCUUUUCACUUUCAUCCUCGCUGCCAUUGGAUGGCUUGUAUCUUUCGUCAGUCAGUGCGCGGUAGAGGCACAAUGGGGCAACGGUCCCGUUGGCGUGUUAUGGUUCGCCAUUUUCCUGCAACUCGCGCUCAUUAUCGGCGUAUUCCACUCGCUGGCGACGGACUCCAUCGCCACCCACCGCCUACAGAUCUCCGUGUUUGGAGGCGUUAUGAUCGUAUUCGCGGUUAAUGGAGCCAAUGUCGGGAUUUUCGGAGGUGCCGCAUCUGAGCAGGCUAUGGGUGCAGGGUACCUAAUCCUCGCAAUUGUCGACAUCGUUUGGGUACUUUACUUCACCGCGGAAGAAGACUCGUAUAUGUACCACAUCUUCCAGCAGAUGGGCUCGGGCGGGCUCUCAGGGCCUUCACGCGGGAACCGCAGGCGGACACGUACCUCCACCAUGGGCAACAUGGGCAUCUCUUCGGGAGGAGGGAACGGCUACGCAUCUGGCGGGUACUCAAAUGCCGACGUUGGUGGAGGCGGGAUCGGCGGACCGGGGAGCCUUACAGGUGGAUUCGGCGCACCCAAGUCAAGCUUCGGCGACCACCGCGACUCGAAGCCGAUCAGCGGAGUGCUGAGCAACCCAGGGAGCCAGCCAGGUGCUGCUCCAACAGCGGCCAGCGAACGCGAGGCGAAUGGUAGCAUUACCAACCAGAGUCAGCCUCUCAUGAGCACGGGCGAUACAGCCCAGAGUGCAGGAGAUACGUAUGCAUAUAGGGCACGUGCACUGUAUGCCUACACCGCAUCACCGGACGACCCGAACGAGAUUACGUUCGUCAAGGGCGAAGUGAUGGACAUCCUCGACAACACGGGCAAGUGGUGGCAAGCAAGGAAACAAGACGGCUCGACUGGUAUCGCCCCGUCCAACUAUCUCCAACUCAUCUGAUACCACGCUACCUUUCCUCUCCUUCCGAUCUCGGCUUACCUAACGUUCUUGUUCUCCUUUAUGCGGAAACGACACCAGGCAGACUCCUCUCGCUCACGUUCGUACCCUGUAACUCCUUUCCUUUAAUGGAUAUUUCAUUCUUCCUAGUUCCACUCCUUGUCCUGUUCCUGCCUCUUUCGAUGCUUCACUGUUGGGGACGAGAGCGUGCAGGUCCGAACCGGGGUUGGAUCGUACGACCCGACUCUCAGGGAAGACGUCGGUUACCUCCGUUCCGAGCAGUUUUUCAUCUAGCUAUCUCUUUUACGAACGUUAUGUAGCGAUGGUACAAAUUGAUAACAGUAC